CCUAAUGAUGGAUGCGCAGCUGAUAUUUUCAAUUGGCUGAAAGCGUUCACUUCCACGCCCUUCCCCAGUUCGCUGUCAAUCAGAAUAUUUGUCUGUCUUCCUGGUUCCAGCGUUGGGCAGGACGCAGGUAUCGUUUUCGCAGUGAUUAGCUAAAGGGGAGAGACCAUGUGCAGGUCACAUGAGUGCUGAGGAUGAGGCAUAAACAGCUGGGAGGAAACCCGAGGAGUGGACUGGUGGAUAAGCGCUCCUUGCGAGUGGGGGCCAAGGCUCGCCGCUGCAGCUAAGACCCUCGCUGGGGAGCCAAGGGGAGGCCCCCUCCCCCCUCCACCCCCCGCCGCCUGACCUGCGCGCGCACGACAGACAUGAACACCACUACCCAGCCCCCAGCCACCAUCGAUGGGGACGCAGCCGUCAGCUAUGUGCUGGUGCCCUUUCUCCUUAUCACCUUCAUAGGGAUUGUUGCUGCCGUGGUGAUGUAUGUGCGUAAGAAGAGAAGGAUCGACCGUCUGCGGCACCAGCUGCUCCCAGUCUAUACCUACGACCCCUCCGAAGAGCUGAACGAAGCUGAGCAGGAGAUGCUGUGGAGGGAGGAGGACACCAAGGUGGUACAGGGUUGGGCAAGGACGUACCAGCACCGACGCCCCCUACUGAUGAAAGAUGUUCACGCCUGAGCGUUGGCAGAGGCCCUUGACCUACAUAAUUAUGUAGAUCGACAGACAAGGAGGAGACAAAACAAAAGGUGCGGACUGUGUCAGUCAGACACAAGGAAGAGGGAAGCGGGCGUGACCUUCCAUCGACCAGUCGUGCACCACCUGGUCUUUCGGGAUCCAGCGAAGGUCUCAUCUUCAUCUCUGUACCUCGUGUGUAUCUCAAACUCCCAAUGGUUCAUUCUCUGUGGGUCAGCUGACUACAAAGUGACCUGUUGGUUGUACAGGACUAGCACCUGCCCAAAACUGCAGCUGUUUAUGAGCAACUUGCCUCAUUCCAUUACCUAUAAAACUUAGCCUACAUUUGCUACUGCACUGGAAGAUGGAAAAUGUACCCUGGCCAAAGGUAGACUUUACUUAUGAUCUAUUUAAGAAUUUAUUUAAAUAGAGCUUCUAUGUGAAUAUUUUGGAUGAGUGUUAUGACUUAUUGAAAUCUGGGGAGUGCUGUCCAUAUUAACAUGCAACGACCUCACCGUGACCUUGGUGUUAGUAUUUUGGCCUGAAUCCAAAAUGACGUUUGCUGUGAGCGCAUGUUUUUAAUGUUGACGAGCGUUACCUAAAGACAUGCAGGAAAGGCCAUUGUGAAGGGGAGGCACUUUAUUGCCGUCUUACUACCUGUCUACCAGGAGCUUACAUUUAUCUGGCUAAUUCCCUCAUUUGAGGAUGUACUAAUAACAUGCAGGACAUGCACUGUGUAUUCAUGGCCUCUUGUGCUUGAAAUGUAACAUUUCAUUAGGCUUAGGGCAAGUCUCUUAUUUGCCUUUCCCCAGGCACACACAAAUGACAGGAUCAGGCAACUGAAUUAAAAUGAACACUGUGCCCCUUGGUUAUUGGAAAGGAAGACCUGUCUCAAAAACAAAAUGACGGCUUCACAUUUCCAGCUAAGACAAAGUAGGCAAAUUAUCAUGGUUUUAACACUGGGAAACUUUACAGUUUAGUCUAGGUGGUUUGCCACUUGUCGGUAUUGGAUACUAUGGGGUACUGUUGGAGAAGGCUGAUACUGAAGCUGCGACUGCUUCUCUAAAAUAAACUAUGAAUCCUAACACUGGGUGACUCUUGCCCUUGCUAUGGCUUGCACCCACCUCCACGUGUGGAAGGGGCCAUGGCUACUGCCCUCAAAAAUGCCCCCGCCCAGUGGGCCGCCUAGGCAUGCUUAACGAAUUGGCAUGAGGAUGGUACUACUUUUGAGUGAUUGUAUCGAUUUAGAGAAAUUCCUUCUAGCUGACUUUACAGACCACUCAGGAAAUGUCUUCUGUGUGCUCGUUCUUAAAAAAAUAUUGUUUAAUUAAAUGAUUCAUCUCGAUGAAAAUGUCCCCUCCCCCACCCCUUUCCUGCCUCUCCACUGUGCUGGUGAACGUCACGUCUUGAAAAUGUGUAUGAAACACUUGGGGCUCCCAUUUCAGACGGUGAUGUCACUGGGACACUGUGACCUAGAUCAGCACCUGUAUCUGUUCAAAGGUUCGAAUGUCAAGCUUAUGUUUUGGUAGCCACUGGCAACCCAGCAGAUGCUGAAUAAUUAAAUAUUCUUUCAGUGUCGUACAUAACGCAUGUUCAUGAAUGACUGUCAAGAAUGCUUUGAUUUGGUGGGUGUGAAACAUAAUUUUAUAUCACCAAAAGCCAUUUAUAAUAAUUUUUAAAAAAACUACAACUGUUGUGUUCUGCACUCUUUUGAAAUGAAUUGUCAGGGUUGGAUGGUAAUACAGGAGUGGUGUUGAUCAAUGAAUGUUUGCCCUGACAUCUCAAAUAAAAAAUGUAAAUAAUUCAGUGCAGAGUACAUUACUUGAAUGUUUUUUUUUUAUCAUUAUGUGAUGUCCAAAGUAUGGAGUCUGUCAUUAAAACUUAAAUAAAGCCUCUAUGAAACCUG